UCUUCGGAUCUACUUCAACAAGAUGCACAGCGGUAGCUCUAUAUCGCCCAAACACCCCGCCAUUCCGGUCUCGAUCGGCAUCGCCUCACUGGUGCUGGAGGGCCGAUCAUCCGCCCUCGAUGACAACUCCAUCCACAGCCCGGGCACCGGUUGCACCUCGACAAUCGCAUCCACCGGAACCGGCAACGGGAACAGCGGCAGUGGUGGUGGUGGAGCAGGAUCCUCAAACGGUUCCGGUGCCGCCGCACCCGGGGACGACGACGAAGAUGGUGGGUUUUGUGGGCGAAAGCGCAACGUUCCCGGCGACGGAGCAACCGGUGGCGCAUGUUCCCUCCAGGAAUGCAGCCUGCUGGCCAUCAACGAGUCACACAAAUCGCUAGCAAUGGCGGCCACUUGUUGCCACGCCACGCCAGACGAGGCGCAACGCAUCAACCUGAAGCUGCAACAGAUCCGUUCGUCCUGUCCCGGCACGAGCAAGGACGUGCUGUCACAGCUGGUGACGGUGUCCGGUGAACCGAGCCGCUUGUCCGGUGGUGGUGGGCUCGUCCUGGACCGUUACGAGCAGGCGACACCGUCCACAUCCUGGUUGUCGCACGAACUAGGAUCCAGCGGGUCAGGACCGACCGGUGGGGUCGUCAUGUACAGUGGAUUCGAGAAAAUGAACGUCCUCGGAACGGUGUCUCCGAUCAAGAACCAUCAUCCGGUUGGAGCGGGCUUCAUUCACUUUUCAUCACCACCUCCAGCGGCACCGGUUUUGGUGACGUCCCCGAGCCAGCAGCAAAUCCGGAAAGUGCCGGCGCAGACCGCAGGUGGCCCUUCGUUGAAGCAGCAUCAUCCGCGAACGCGCGAAGGACCUCACUGCGAGCAGUUUUUGAAGAAGAUCGGUCUCACGAAACCGGAUGCCACCGAUGGACCGGAGCAUUGCUGUAGCUACCGCAAUCAAUACUGCCUGCGCUGGCAAGUGUACUUCAAGCAGCUCUCGUCCAUCCUGACGAACGGAGAGGCGGUCUGUAUUGAGGUUUAUUUGGGUCCGGAAAAUCACACCAUCCUGCUGGAGCAAUGGAUUCUGAAGCUCGUGAUGACGAAAUCACCCACCACGAUGACGAUCCAAUCGCUGUGUGCCGCCAUCCGGAGCCAACUGUACUUCUCACAGAUCUCCGCCUGGACGGAUCUGAUCAAGAACUCGCUCGAACCGGAACUGUUCUCUCAUCCGCGCAUCCGCAAGGUAGCUCCCGUCGUCGGGUCACGCCCGUUUCUGCCCCAAGCGAAGCUCGACAUCCUGUUUCGCAUCCGGACGUACGACACAACGGCGUGCUUCAACGAGAAACCGAUCGUGCACAACUUCCCGGACGCGAGUGUGGCGGACAAUUUCGUGCUGCAGGUUUGCCUGAAGAGCUUGCCCCGGUUGGACCGCAUACCGGGUAUCGAUGCGGCGCUGGAUGCGGCCAAAAUGACCGCAAGCCUGCGUCAGCAGCAGCACGUCGAUCGUAUACCGUUGCCGUGUCACGAGAAGGGCAAACAUCGGUGCGCUUUUCUCGUGGAGCUCGACGAGGAAGAGGAGGAUGAUGAUUCGGCGACGAUGGUGGACGGGCAUGGGGAAGGCGAUGCGGAUGGUGACGGAGCGGAUGGGUGCGUUGGUGACGAUGGGUUGCUGCUAACGUCGGCUGCCAUUAGCCAUCGGGAGAAGCAACUGCUUAAGUACCGGAAGCGCAUGUUGAAGCGUGAGAAGAAGAAGAAAGCAAGCAGCGGGACGGUGGAAGUGAACAGCAAUGGCAGCAGUGCUGGAGGAUCUAGUAUCAGCAGCAGCAGCGGAAGUAGCAGCAAUAGCAUGACCUACCGAAAUGGUUCCUCCAAGGAUGCGUCGUCGUCUCAUUUCGUGCCCAAAAGCUAUGCCGGAAGUGGGAUGAGUGCUGGCAAGAAGUUUGCAUCCCCGGGAGGAGGAACCUUCGGAUGUGCCAACGGUGGUGGGAUGAGUUCGGCGGGCAGCUGCUCGAACGGUGCCUGCGGAAGUACGCUAACGUCGUCAAUCAAUUCGAUCCAGCCACCACUGUACUCGUCGAACGACCACCAGCAGGCGAUGAUGAUCUGUGAUGAUCGUUUCCACGCGAUCGCUAACAAUUCAAAGUCCACCCAGACCGUGUCGGGUCCGGCCGGAAGUGGAACACCGUAUGUCGCUUCCGUUGCCACCCAAACCGAUGCCAUCGCGCCGGCCGUAACCAACGUUUGCAACGAUUGCAAUAAUCGUGCCUCCUCGUGGGUGACGAAUACGUUCUCUUCCCCACCGGUAGCGCAAAUCUGCCAUAGCAGGGAGGUUAGCCACACCGGCGGAAGUGGCCACAGCAGCAACAGUAGCAGCACAAACCGUGAUAGACAUAUGCAAUAUUUUAACGAAUAUUAUAGAACUUACGAUAUUAUCAAUGAAAACUGUGAUAAACGGCAAGCGACGCCACCACCGGUGGAUGGCCAGUGGGCAUGUAGUGGUGUUCCGAUGGAGGAGGGUUUCUCCUCUGGUGGCCAGAAACCACCACGUUCGAGUGUCCCCGAGCCAGUCGCGGUCACCGAUCGGCGGGCGUGUUUCAUUGUCGGCGGAGAUGGAUACGAGGGCGAUGAGGACGACGAUAGCGAAGGAUCGAAGGGUCCCGCGCAACCCCAGGACGGUGAUCGGUUGCUGCAAGCCAUCCAAAGAACUGCCACCGCGAGUGAGGAGCGUAAUGGCCAGCCGAAAAACGGUUACGGCCAACCGGUGGCGUUGAACAACAACAAUUACGUGACCACGAACAACAACAUUGUGGCAAAUAAUGGCAUCGCGAAGGAAGGAUCCCCGGUUGGCGGUCGGAACCUUGGCCAACCGGAAGCGAAUGGUGGUGGUCUCAACCACGGUCAGGCAGCGGAAAAGUGCGAAACAAGCGAAUGUGAUACUUUCAGCAAGGAGAAGAAACUAGAUUUAGGUGACUGUCGACUGUGCAAGCGACAAAAAACGAAGCAUAAUUUUAAACUCAACCUCAACACGCUGCUAUCGGGUGGUGGGGAUGAUGGAACGGUAACGGCCAAACCCGACCAACCACUGGCACCACCACCACCGUCCGUGGCCGCCCGGAAGGAGGCGGCGAAGAAAACGAUCAUCUCCGCAACCGUGCUCGAUUGCGGGUUAACACCACCCGGGUGUCGUCGGACACUGUCCGAGAGUUUAGUUGGCCAUCUCACCAUCCCAGGAACGGCGUCGUCAAGUGCGAACGGAUCCGGAAGUGGCGCUUCCGGUUGUGGUAGUAAUGGAUCCGAUACUGGCCACUCAGGUGCGCGUUUGGACGAUGGAUACGGGCUUCUGUAUCCAAUCGGUGGUGACCUCAGCCCAGGAGAUAGCCCGAUGUUGAGCAGCUCGACCGGUGCCGUUGGUAAUGGGGGUGUUUUCACGUUCGAGCAGAUGAAAUCCUACCGACGGGCGUUUUCGGAGGACGUGAUUGACACGAUAACAACCCUGGGAGGUCGAUCGAUGGCCAAUGGUGGACGAUCCCACGCACCCGAUGAAGACAGCACGGAGGACGAUGGAAGUAGCGGUGAUAAUGAGCAGGACACCGAACCCCCGCAAGAGUGCGUCCCAAGGAAGGCGGGUUGUGGCGUUUGUUCUGGUCACCGGAAUGGAACCGGAACCACGAUGGGUGUGUCAGCGAACGGAUAUCGGAGCUCGUCGCUUCGUCAACCACACACUUCGACACCGUCCUCCGGAAAUGGGAGCAAUGGCACCGGAAGCAGCUGUAAGGAACCACUCUACAUCAGUUGCUCGGAAACGGAUUGUUCCGUCAGUACGGCAAGCAGCGUUUCCCCGCACAAGAAGCAAAUCCUCAGUUGUGCGGCCAUCGGUGGUGGUGCGGGAGAUCAGUGUGGAUCUAUGGGUGGCAUAUCCGAUCGGCGACCCUCGGGACGUUCGGAAGAUCGCACAGGUUGCAGCGUAAAGAAGCAGCUCACUCAAUACAAAUCCUCACCGAAGAUUAACCUCAACUACGUGUUCUGUUUGUCGCCGUUGGCACGCGACGAUUCCGGAUUCACUAGCGGCAGCAGUCCGGCCACCUCGAGCAGCUUCCCGGCCACAUCACCGAUUACGAUUGACGGAAGUGGCGGUGGCGUGUUCGGUGGAAGCGCUAAAACCACUCGCAAUGGGACCACGGGUACGUGCAGUACCGGUUUGUUCCGGUACGAUUUCGAAGAGCUACCCGUCAGUCCCAUUUCCGGGACAAUCAAAUCCCGUUCAGCACCAGCGUAUCCGUUCUCGCCACCCCCGAACGGUGGCGCGUUGUCUCCACGUUUUCUGCGGAACGCCCAACGUCAGUUUCCCCGCACGCGUUAUCCUUCGGAACGAUCGUCUGUUUCCGAGCGGUCCUCGAUCGGUUCCGACGAGCAGCUGUCGGAUGAUGAUCUGUCACCGUAUCUGAUGCACUCACCGCAUGGUUCCACCGGACCGUGUUAUAGUCCGAUCUCUUCCGGGUUCCACCAGGAUGGAACACCAAUGACGAUGCCGCUCAAAAUGGGACGCUUUCCGGCACGAUUUGGCAACACCACCGGGUCGUCCUGCUUGCUACCCACGGCCCAGAUGCUGAGCAAGGUGCUGAACCGCAACCUGUUUAAAUUCGGGCGCGCCCCGUUACUCGGAACGCUUGAGGAAUCGUUAUUGCAGCGCCGGCUCGCUCCGAAGUUUCAGGUCGCAGACUUUAAGGUACUGCUUGGUGCAUCCGGUAGCUUCUGUCCGACACAGCUCACCAUACCGGUGGCUUCUUACUUCUACGAGCUCCCGGGACAGCAUCUCACCACACCGUACGUGUGUGAAUUACGUCUUCCAAGAAAGGGAUAUUCGAUACCGCGCACGGGCACCGUCCAAGCAACGCUGCUCAACCCGCUCGGGACGGUGGUGCGGAUGUUCGUCGUGCCGUACGACUUCCGCGAUAUGCCCGCUAUGUCGACGACCUUCAUCCGGCAGCGUGUGCUCGCCUGCGACGAUGGCAGCCUCAAGCUGCUCGGCAAAAACAUCGAGCAGCUCAGCAACGCCGAACAGAUGAAGCUGCUGCGCUAUGCGAUCCAUUUGCGGUUUCAAACAUCGCGAUCCGGAAAGCUGUCACUGCACACCGACAUCCGGCUGUUGAUAUCCCGCCGCACGGACUGUGAUACGGCCGCUGCCCACGCGAAAAAUCUGCUCGAGUCCCCGAACGAACUGAAAGUGGUUACCAUCGUACCGGAGAAUCCCAAAUUUAGUUUACGUACCGAUAAGCAGCAAUAG